AUGGAGGACGAAAAAACUCUCGAAGAGGGGAACUCUGUCAUUUCCAGUGAGAAGCAUGGAACUAGCAAAAGCAACGUGGCUGGCGAGUUAGACGAUCAGAUCCUCGACGUUGAGACUCAAGGCAUAGAGGAGAAACCGACAUCUCCCAUAAUCCCGACUUCAGAUUUGGACAAAGAUAUAGUUGGCUGGGAGAGGGAAGAUGACCCGGCCAUGCCACUCAAUUUCAAGAACAGCCAAAAGUGGCUAAUAGUUUGUCUCCUCUCAAUGAUCACCUUCAUGUCACCAUUUGCCUCUUCUAUUCUGGCUCCGGCAAUCAUCUUCAUCGAGAAGGAUCUGGAAGUCUCCAGCACUACCAAAGGGGCGAUGCCUGUUAGCAUCUUCCUCCUUGGCUAUGCCGUUGGACCUCUAUUUCUGUCGCCUCUAUCCGAAAUCUACGGCCGCAAUAUUGUUCUGUUGGUCUCGAACCUCUGGUUUUGUCUAUGGUUUAUCGGCUGCGCCUUAGCCCCUACUUUAGACACGCUUAUAUUUUUCCGCUUUAUGACUGGAAUCGGAGGAUCGGCCUGCCAGACAAUUGGCGGCGCCGUUAUUAGUGACCUCUUUCCAGUCAGUGAAAGAGGGCGAGCCAUGGCAGUAUGGAUGCUUGGCCCUCUUUUUGGACCGUCAUGUGCCCCAUUGAUAGGAGGGUUUGUCUCUGAGACUAUAGGGUGGCGUUGGGUGAACUGGAUAACCUUCAUUCCGGCAGCUAUUAUAGUUCUCAUCUCAACGGCCAUUAAUCGUGAAACAAACCAUCAAGUCCUUAUCAGGCGCAAAACACAGAAAUUACGACGGGAGCUUAACCGCCCACAACUUCGCAGCUGCUACGAUAACCCAGACACCCCAUUUCUGCCCACCUGGCAGAUUCUUCUUGACGGAUUUGUGAGACCGAUGAAAAUGCUUUUCCAUUCGGCCAUUAUAUUCAGCAUCUCCUUAUACAUCGCUUUUGCAUACGGUUGCUUAUAUCUUCUUUUUAAUACCAUUCCGGCGGUAUUUCAGGGCAGCUAUGGCUGGUCUAUUGGUAUCACUGGCUUAGUCUAUUUAACGAUGCUUAUUGGGUAUGCAGUAGGGCUUGGUAUCUUCGCCGUGCUGUCAGACAAAACUGUUAUACGCAUGACUAAGGCUAAUCAUGGGGUUUUUGAGCCUGAGAUGCGUCUAGCAGACUGUAUUUUCUUUGCUUUUGUUUUACCUAUUUCAUUUUUCUGGUAUGGAUGGAGUGCAGACCAAGCUGUACAUUGGAUUGUUCCGAUUAUUGGAAUUAUUCCUUUUGCUGCCUUCUCCGUUUUGCGUUGCAUAGUCGCCGCUUUCCUCCCCCUUGCCGGACCUCAAAUGUAUGAAUCACUGGGUGUCGGCUGGGGGACUUCUCUGCUAGGUUUCAUUGCCUUGGCCUUAAUCCCCAUCCCAGCGUUGAUAUACAAGUUCGGGGGACGGCUGCGCCAGAGGUUUCCAUUGACGCUGUGA